AUGGAGUUUUACAAGGUUCUCGUCGUUUUCCUCGCAAUUUAUCUUCACUAUGGAAAUUGCCGGGCAGCUGCUUUCACCAAAAUCAUGCGUGGAAUCCAAAAUGGCGCAGUCCCGUCCACGCAGGAUGCUGCAGCAUGGAGACAAAAGAGGUCCCCUGGUGAUGAGCCUAGUUGCUACACUGGUACACAUGCGUCAAUCACUUUGCCAAGCAACAACACGGUAUCUGUUCCUAUUUGUAAGACAGUAACGUCUUACAAAACUGCAUGUUUCAGUUCGAUGGCAAACAACAACAACCAGAGGAAAUGUGUUCCGUCCCAUAUGAUCACGAUGGAAGGAGUGGCGUUUAACACAGCCUGUUCAUGUGCACCAUAG